UGUCAUCGGUUUCCAAACGUUCUAAUUCUCUCUUCUCUCUCUCUGACGAACAGUGCGCCGCCUGCUUUCCCAGAACUUGGGAGCCAAUGUCAGACGACGCCACGCCGCCGAUUCAUGAAAUGGCCGCCGCAACACUAACAGACAACUCUGGUUGUCGGGUGCAGUGGGCCCAGUUCUCGCGUCGCGUCUUGAUUCGCACCAUAGUGUGCCGCCCCGACGGCGGGGUGGGACUUGCCGGCCAGAAGGUGGCCGUCGGCGGCUGGGUCAAGACAGGGCGAGAGCAAGGCAAGGGAACCUUCGCCUUUCUCGAACUCAACGAUGGUUCUUGCCCUGCCAACCUACAGGUCAUAGUUGACGCCUCCGUCGCUCCUCUCGUACAGCUCGUCCCUACCGGUACGUGCGUAUUUGUUGAGGGUGAGCUGAAGAAACCCCCCGAAGGGACUAAGCAGAAUGUCGAGCUUCGGGUGGAGAAGGUCAUCGACGUUGGUUCCGUUGAUCCUGCCAAGUACCCGUUACCGAAGACUAAACUCACACUUGAGUUUCUCAGAGAUUUUGUGCAUCUUCGACCAAGAACCAAUACGAUAUCAGCAGUUGCUAGGAUCAGAAAUGCAUUGGCUUAUGCAACACACACUUUCUUUCAGAAGAAUGGAUUUCUUUAUGUACAUACUCCCAUCAUCACAACUAGUGAUUGUGAGGGUGCAGGCGAAAUGUUUCAAGUUACAACAUUGUUUAGUGAUGCAGAAAAGGUGGAGAAGGAGUUCAAGCAGAACCCUCCACCAUCAGAAGCUGAAAUUGAAGCUGCCAAACUUCUAGUCAAGGAGAAAGGAGAGGAUGUUUCACAAUUAAAAUCUGCUAAGGCAAGCAAAGAGGUUAUUACUGCUUCUGUGGGUGAACUUACAAAGGCCAAGGAGAGUCUUGCCAAACUGGAAGAGAGAUCUAAGCUUAAACCUGGACUUCCCCAAAAGGAUGGGAAAAUUGAUUACUCCCACGACUUUUUUGCUCGUCAAGCUUUUUUGACUGUGUCAGGCCAACUCCAGGUUGAGGGUUUUGCAUGUGCCCUUAGCAGCGUUUAUACAUUUGGACCAACUUUUCGAGCUGAGCAUUCUCACACAUCAAGGCAUCUGGCAGAGUUUUGGAUGGUGGAACCUGAGAUAGCAUUUGCAGAUUUGGAGGAUGAUAUGAACUGUGCUGAAGCAUAUGUGAAAUUCCUCUGUUGUUGGUUGCUUGACAACUGCCUAGAUGAUAUGCAAUUCAUGAUUAAGAAUUUUGACAAAUCAGCAAUAGAUCGUCUGAAAAUGGUUUUAUCGACCCCCUUUGAGCGGAUCUCAUACACAGAAGCAGUGGAACUUCUAGAAAAAGUUACAGAAAAGAAGUUUGAGAAUAAGGUGGAAUGGGGAAUGGAUCUAGCAUCUGAACAUGAAAGAUAUUUGACAGAGGUAAUAUUUAAAAAGCCUGUUAUUGUGUAUAACUAUCCAAAAGGAAUUAAAGCUUUUUACAUGAGACUCAAUGACGAUAUGAAGACAGUGGCUGCUAUGGAUGUGCUUGUACCCAAGGUGGGAGAAUUGAUAGGUGGAAGCCAAAGGGAGGAACGCUAUGAGGUCAUUGAGAAAAGGAUACUAGAAACGGGCCUGCCACUUGAGCCAUACGAUUGGUAUCUUGAUCUGCGACGUUAUGGGACUGUGAAACAUAGUGGGUUUGGUUUAGGCUUCGAGAGAAUGGUGCUUUUUGCCACGGGAAUUGAUAACAUUAGAGAUGUGAUUCCCUUCCCCAGGUAUCCUGGGAGGGCAGAUCUUUAAUAUAUUCCUUACACAGAUAACUAAAUGCUUUGCUUUAACAUUUAUCUUUUUUUUUUUUUUUUAUGUGUCACGCAUUUAGAGUUGUAAUUCUAGAAUUUUAAUACGCCUAAAGAAAUCAAAGCAUAGACACUCUCAAGUGAUAUCUUCCUGUACCGUGUUAAAUAUGUUAAUUUCAGUAUUUGCAGUCUC